UCCCAAAGUGAUGCUUCUGAAGUAAUGGAUGAAAGUGGCAUAACUGAUCCUCUGGAAGACUAUCCAUUUACAAAAAUUAGAAUGGAUGAGAAAGAGGCCAAGCUGGACGGCUAUGGUCGGAUAUGGAAUUUUUAUGAUCUGAACAUCCUCGUUGAUGUGAAUUUACCUAUAUUUGGAUGCAAAUCGCAUCCAUGCGUGACGCUUCAUCCAAAAGAUCUGAAACAGCGUCCGAUUAAUUUCCUCACCGGCGUGGACCUGUAUUUGGACCAGUCGAUGUGUAAUGCCCCAGAAGCUUUGCUAUGCUGGCAUAUGGGCGGGUAUGUUCAGGAAUACGAAGUAAUCCGCACGGAGGAUAUUCCACAAAUGGAAAAUGCUAAAUUUGACCCGCAAAUCCUGCAGAAUGUAGCAGAAAAUAUUGUCGCAUUUUUGCAAGAAAAAGUUACUCAGGAAGGGCAUACGUAUUGGUUGUGUUAUGUUGUGCUUAGCUUCAACUACGUCUGA